AUGGCUGAUCUUCCGCAAGAGAGAGUGAAACCGUUUUCUCCACCAUUUACUGUAACUGGAGUGGACUUGUUCGGUCCGUUUAAUCUUAAAGUUUCACGAAAUAAGAGUGUCAAAGCCUGGGGUGCUAUAUUUACCUGUGCGACAGUUCGAGCCAUUCACCUAGAAAUCGUAGAGAGUACGUCAGCUGAAGCCUUUUUUCAUGCACUGCGACGUUUUGCUUCACAUCAUGGCUGGCCAAGCACGAUAAUCUCCGAUAACGGGACGUCAUUUGUUGGUGCUGAGAGAUUGUUGAGAGAAUUGGUUGUAAAGGAGAGAAAGAAACUUGAAGAUUUCGCAACACUCUACCAACUUCGUUGGAUAUUCACGACAUCAAGGUGGAAUAUACGAGAGCCUGAUAAAGCAAGUUAAGAGUGCCAUUCGAAUCGUAGUUGGAAAUCAGAAUCUGUCUUGGAAUGAAAUGAGCACGGUUUUCGCUGAAGUUAAGUCUCUGAUAAAUAGAAGACCUUUAGGAUACCCUUCGAACGAUCCCAACGACUUACAACCCCUUACCCCUAACCAUUUCCUUAUCGGUAGAGCAUCGAACAGUGUUCCUCACGGAUCGUUUGAGAGAUCUGAGAUUUUGAGUCGAAGAUUCGAGUUUAUCCAGAGCCUUGUACAGCAGUUCUGGCAAAGAUUCAUACGAGAAUAUCUACCGACGUUGCAGAAACGAGGAAAAUGGCGAUUGAAAGAACGACAGAUGAAAGUUGGAGAUUUGGUCCUGAUGGUGGAUUACGAGACACCAAGCGGAAAAUGGAAAUUAGGUCCAGUUGAAAAAGUUUACCCUGGGAAAGAUGGUGUGGUAAGAAAUGUGUUAGUGAAAACUUAGCAUGGUCAAUACAAAAGGUCUGUGCAAAAGUUAUGUGUUUUAAUAGAAGCUAGUUAGACGAACAUUCAUGAACUGUGGCCCCGGAGGGUUGGUGUAAAUAGCGAGCAACAUUUGACAUUUGAUAUAGUUAAUAUUAAGUUCUGUUAUGGUUUAUAUAGACAUUUAAGUGAUGACAUUUUUGAGUGACAUUAUAGGCGUUAGUUUAUCAGUAUUUUGUAAGAGAGACACGCGAGAGUAAAGAGACGGUUUAAAGGACGGAUAGUUAGAGAGAUUAACGUGAAAUUGUAGUCAGAGUCAAGUCCUGCAGGGAUCUACCCUUCAGGUACAGAUGUUUAAUUGUUUUAUAUGUUAUAUUUGUAGUAUUGUGUUAUUAGUCAAUUUUACCAUGUUAUGUCGCGAAAAUAUGAUUGGAAUGCAUGUGUUUUAGCCUUUAUACUUAUACUAGGUAACUUUCAUUUUGUAUAGAAUAUAUUAUCUCAUUAAAUAUUAAAAGAAAUCCCUGUUCGACUCAGUAAAACAGUCAGUGCCAACCAAUGUUACGGAAGAUAUUGCGAAGGAUCCUCCGGAGAAGAACCCUUCGAAGAACGAACCGUUCGACAACCUGUUUGAUUAA